CACAGAGCAGAGGAUGGAGGAGGAGGAGGAGGAAAAGGCUUUGGGUUUCAGCCCGCCCCCCAGCUUCCCUCCUCCCUGUGCGAGAAGUGGACGAGAGGGAAGGGUCUUUCUAAAGCUGCAGCCAAGGAAACAGAACAGACGAAAAAAGAGAGCAGUCGCCCCAAAGCAGGCAUUUCUUUUGGUCGUUGCUGUUUGGAAACCAGCCUAGUGCCCCAUGGGAAGAGGAGCAUCAGGAGAGCACAAAGGCAUGCCCCCCCAGCCACCACAGGUCAGGAAGAGAUAUUUGGAGUUCUUCAAGAGCUUCUAUGGGGUUCUGAGAGUGCUGCAGAUCCUACUGGGCGCCGGGCUGUGGGCCACCAUCGCCGCCAACAAGUACGAAGGCGCCAUCCACUUUGUGCUCUUUGUGGCCGUGCUCUUCUGGCUCCUGACAUUGGCGCUGUUUUUCCUCACACUGCUGGGCAAACAAGACCUGGUGCCCCUUGUGGGAGGGGAGCGCUGGCUAGUCACCAACGCGGCACACGAUCUGGUGGCCACGCUGCUCUACCUGGCUGCCAUUGGAAUCAUGAUCUCCAAGACGCAGGAGAAGACUUUCUGCACGUUGGAACACUACCAGCACUCCUGUCCUUACUGGGUGUACCUCACCGCCUCCGUCUUCUGCUGCCUGUGCGCUGCCGCUUAUCUGCUGUCGGCCGUCUACGGCUGGUGCAGGAAGUGCCUGGGCGAGCAGACUGUGGUCUGAACUCCUAAAUCAAGCACACAGGAUGGGGGGAGGGGUGCCGCUGGCCUACCCUGAAAACCUGACAUGCAUGAAGGGACGGAAAAAAGACAUUGUGGGUAGCCUUUUACAGCUGGCCCCUGGAGACAGGGGAGAGCAGAUCUUUGCAGGGCAGACUCUACAGGUUAGUUGGCACUUACUUCUGUAAUAUUUAAAGAUAUGUAAAUUAAUAGCACAUACAUUUCAUACAAGUUUUAUUUUAUGUCCAUGGAAAUUUUUGUUGUUUUUUUGCUAACACUACAAAUUAUACAAUAUUUUUAGGAUGAAAAAUGUUAAAAAGUAAUUAGCUACUAAACCUGAAAAGAUGGCCAUGUAAGGAAGAAGUGAAUUUGUCUGUCUUGUCAGCUGACCAUCCUCAUCUUGUGUUGGUUUACUAACUCGAAGUGAGCUCAUGGCCCUAGAGGGUGAUGUCAUCAUUUUGUAAAUGUUCGUCUGACUGUGUUUAUGAGGAGAAAUAGCACGCUUGUAACCCUAAUCAUGAAAAAACACGAUGCUUUGUUGGAUGUGUCAGUGGUUAUUUUGUAUUUAAGAGUGUUUUCUAAUGUAAAUGUAGGACAAGUACUACAAUAAAAUACGUUACAGCACUUA